CAGUGGCUGUGCUGGCGAGCAGAGGACGGCUGCAAUCAGUCAUUGUUGGUAGCCGGGGCGCGCUGGACGUCCGUGCAGGAGGCUCGGCCGCUCGCGACACUUCCUACAUCGAUGUGACGAGCUCAUAGCUCCAGUGCUGUCUUCCUUUAUUCCUAUUUUAUUUUCGUCGACGGUGAGUGUACGGGCAGUGCAGUAAACAUGUCGGCUAACGUGAUAUUCGGCUGCGUGAUGGCGCUUCUCAUCAUUUUAUUCACAAUAAGUAGCAUAGCAAGAUAUUAUAUUAAGUUUACCCUGUUCCUGGUGUGCUCCAUGAUAUUCGCCACGGCGCCCAUACCGCUCAUGCUGAUCAAACCCUUCAGUCCCAAGAAUGCCUUGAUCCCGGCGGCGCUGCUGCGGCUGAGCGCGCGCGUGCUGGGCAUCCGCUGGACGGUGCGCGGGCUGGAGCACGUGGACAACUCGCGCGGCGCCGUCGUGCUCAUCAACCACCAGAGCGGACUGGACCUCUAUGUGCUGGCGGUGCUGUGGCCGCUGCUGGAGCGCUGCACGGUGGUGUCCAAGCGCUCCAUCCAGUACGCGGCGCCCUUCGGCACGGCCGCCUGGCUGUGGGGCACGGUGUUCGUGGACCGCGGCGCCCGCAGCGCCCGCGACGCGCUCAAUAAGCAGACUGACGCUAUACAGCAGCAGAAGCGCAAGUUGCUGCUGUUCCCCGAAGGCACGCGGCACUGCGGCGACCGUCUGCUCCCCUUCCGCAAGGGAGCCUUCCACGUGGCCAUGGACGCGCGCGCCGCCAUCCAGCCCGUCGUCGUCUCCAAGUACCACUUCCUCGACUCGGAGAGGAAACGCUUCGGAUCAGGUGAGGUGAUAAUAAGCCUGCUGCCGAUCAUCGAGACGGAGGGUCUGUCGAAGGACGACCUGGAGAGCCUGAUGAAGAAGACGCAGGAUGCCAUGCAGGACGAGUUCACGCGCAUCUCCGCGGAGACGCUCUCUAACCGCUACGCCACCGCCGCCGCCGGCAACUGACUCGAUUAGGUACACUUUAAAAUUAAAUUUUGUGAAAAAGAGCUGUGAUAGACAUAACUGCUAAUCUGCAUAAUAAGGUAUGUAUGUAACAAGGGGUCCAUUCCAUUAUUUACCAGUUGUGACUGUGUUUUAUAAUGUAAAUGUAAAUCUUCAUUUAUUAUUGUUAUUUAUAAAGUACUGUUUUGAAAGUAGGCAUAGAACGCAGGAAUAAUUACUGUUGAUACCGUAAUCCUGUCGAUUGCAAUAUGUAAACCGUACGAACACAGAUGGUAUUAGUUUAAACAGUCCCAAAGCCAAAGUAGACACCAUCAUUCAUGUUAUAAUUUAUAUUAAUUAAUUACCUUAGGCAGUAUAAACACGACCAAUGACAUUUUGAGGUUGAUUUUCUAAUAAUAAGUAAGUAAUAGAUGUUAUUGUUGUUUACAAGAUAAAAUAUUUAUUAAACAAUUAAUUUUUAA